AUGGCUACUCCAGCCAUUGACGGCGCAGCUGUCACGGCUCUCUGGUCGGUCAUGUUCCGGAACAGCCAAGCUGCGGAACGGGCAGGAACACAACCCGAAAUGGUAAGGGUUGUGGCCGUGUCUAAAACCAAACUCGUUUCCCUAAUCCGCCAAGUCUACGAUGCUGGCCAUCGUUGCUUCAGCGAAAACUAGGAUCAAGAGAUCGUCGAUUAAGCGCCCCAGCUGCCAGAGGAUAUAGAUUGGCAUUUUAUUGGGCAUUUGCAGAGCAACAAAGUUAAAACUCUACUGGUCCCAAAUCUUGCCAUGGUUGAGGGUGUAGACAAUGAGAAGGUCGCAAAUGUUCUUGACCGAGUAGUUUCAAGCCUUGGGAGAAACCCCUUGAAGGUCUUUGUUCAAGUGAAUACCAGUGAAGAAGCAUCAAAAUCUGGAAUCGAUCCUUCAGGUUGUGCUGCCUUUGCAGAACAUAUUAAAUUGCGCUGCCCGAAUUUGGUAUUUUCAGGCUUAAUGACAAUUGGGAUGCCAGACUAUACAUCAACUCCUGAGAACUUUGGGACACUAUUAAACUGCAGACUUGAGGUUUGCAAGGCACUUGGAGUGGCAGAAGACCAGUGUGAUCUGUCAAUGGGCAUGUCUGGUGAUUUCGAGCAAGCGAUUGAAAUGGGCAGUACCAAUGUGAGAGUUGGAUCCACCAUAUUUGGACCCACGAUUAUGCAAAGAAGCAAUCUAACUAGUGACUUCAAGGUUCUUGUACUAGUAAACUGUAUAUUCAUGCUCUAACAGUAAACAUUUA